AUGAACAAAAUGAGCUUGCAUCAGCAGCCCUUGCAUCUGUUCCAGCUUUGCUUGGUCUUCAUGGCCUGUAUGGAAUCGAUUGUUGGCUUCAUGCUGACCAACUUCAACAAUCAAGAAGUUGUGGGAGCAUUGGAAUAUCGUAGGGGCUUUUCUCUUCAGCCUCAUGUUGCAGAGCUUCCUCACAUUGGUGGCCCCAUUCAGAAGAUCCACAAGGGACAGAGGAUUGUUAGUGAUAAUCUGGAAGAAGAUGAUCUUUUGGCAUUUUGGGCUCCAUUUCUCUUACUGCACCUUGGCUGUCCUGAUCCCAUCACAGCCUUUUCUCUUGAAGAUAAUGAACUCUGGCAAAGGCACAUGCUUAGCCUCAUUCUCCAAGCCGUAGCUUCUCUCUAUGUCUUCUUUCAAUCCCUUUCCCACAACAAGCUGGAGUUGCCCACAUUCCUCAUGUUUAUUGCCGGAAUCAUCAAGUAUUCUGAGCGGAUUUGGGCUUUGUACCGGGCAAGCACCGACAGCUUCCGCAAAUACUUGCUCCAAGAUAAAGAUCCGGGCCCCGAUUAUGCACUGCUUAUGGACAAAUUUGCUUGUAUGAGAGAUGGCCACCUUCCCACGAAAACCAUAACAGUAGAACAGACUGAGAAAGAAGGCAAGGAUGUGAAGCUAGGCAAGUUGAGUGAUUUAGAAGUGUUGCAUUACGCUUAUCACUUUUUUGAAACCUUCAAGGGCCUUGUUGUGGAUCUCGUGUUUAGCAGACACGCGCGGAAAGAGAGCCGAGACUUCUUCAAGGUGAAGGAGCCGGAAGAUGCACGAAGAGUCAUAGAGAUUGAACUCAACUUCUUGUAUGGGGUUUUCUAUACCAAGAUGAUGAUAAUGCAUUCCUCGGUAGGCUAUGUUUUCCGAAUCAUAGCCUGUGGAUCAAUUUUAGCGGCUCUUGCGCUUUUCCAUUUCCAUACCAACCAAAGUAAAUAUGAGCCAUUUAAUGUGAAAAUCACCUACAGCUUGCUCCUGGGUGCCCUUGCCUUGGAAUUUGUAGCCUUCCUCAUGCUCUUUUUCUCUGAUUGGACUUUUGCUUCCCCUGUUCAUCCUGCUUUAAAGCCUUUGGCGCUUAUCUACCGCUUCUGCCUUGCUCUCACCAAUUCUAGUUGGUACUUGAUUCCAGAAAAUGAAAUACAAGUCUUGGGUACACCCUUGUUUCGCAGAUGGUCUGGGUCUGUCUCAGGACACAAUUUCGUAAGGUAUUGCCGGAAAAGUAGUCCAACCACAAUGCUGAAAUUCACCAGUUGGUGGGACCUAAUUCCGAAGGUAGUGCCAGGGCGUGCUCUAAUUGCCAACUUGGUGGGAAAGCUGAAGCUAAUACUCUGGCCCCUCUCUUUUGUCAGCAAACUUUGCUACAUUCCAGAAACCAUCGCUGAAAAGAUGGGCAUUAAGGAGUUUUUGGAUGAAAUGGCUUAUGUGUCACAUAAGCCGCUCGCUAAAGUUUUAUGGGAUCUCGUCUUUCAGGAGAUCAAAGAAAAAUCUGAAGAAGCACUAAUUUCUCAACAUGUUGCUAAGCGAAUAUCUUCAGGUAGAGGUGAAUGGGUUCUAAUGUCAGCUGAGUACAGCCACAUUGACUGGACUGAAUUUAUGAGCCAUGAGGCAGAACUCGAUGAGAGGAUUAUAUUGUGGCACAUUGCCACUGACCUCUGCUACCACAAUGACUUGCCAUCGCCAUCAGCAUCAUCAUCGCCAUCGCCACCGUAUGAGACCACUAGUAAGCUUCUCUCAGAUUACAUGUUAUAUCUUCUGGUCAUGCGCCCAUCUAUCAUGUCCACCUUGGUAGGUCUCGCCAAAAUAAGAUUCCAAGACACUCUUGCUGAGGCUGAAAGGUUGUUUGCAAGAUACCCGUUAGGAGCAAGAAAUUCUGAUAAAGAGGCCUGUGAAAUAAUUUGA